AGCAGUAGUAUGAGAGCUGUGUCUGACACAAGAAGGCAGCAGUAUGUUGAGUAUCUUACCCAUACCUACAAACACAGGUGGUUGCUCAUGUGGCUUGCCCCAUGCAAGACAAUGUAAACCAUUCUUGCUUUAUUACAAGGAGAUAUCUUGUAGGUGUGGCAUAGGCCUUAGGGCUAAGGAGGAAUGUUUAAGGUAGUGCAACUUUAACUCUAAAACAGUAACAAAUCUCAGCCAAACACUUGCUUUUUUAUAUAUUAUAUACUCAUGGCUCUUGUCAUGUAGUGCAUCACAUUAAAACUGACCAAGUGUCAACCUUACCAACAGUCAGAAGAGAAUGAAUUACCACGAGUUGCAGUAGAACACAUUACAUGCACUUCAUUUCAAAUGCCAAAACUGAAAUGGUCAUGGUUUCAAGGCCUUUAACGCUGACAGAUCAGAUCUAAUUUGCUGAUCAGUUGCUGUGAGUUACUACCCAUUGCAGACUGUGAGGCAGUUGUCUCAUUAGUGUAAGCACUUUGCUUUGGCAGGUGGGAUUGGAGGCUGCUUGAUUGGUCUCUACAUGUGCUAUAAGUUAUAUAAAGAAGCAGAAGUGGGAGGGACUGGCCCUUUAUUAUUAUCAGAACAGGGCUGCUUUACGUGAGAGCCGGUAGUGGUAGAAGGGACCUGCUGAUCAUGUUUCACUUAAUAAAUGCCUUUUUCCGUUGCUUUUUCAACUUUUUGCCUAUUCCAGUGCCAGAUUUCUUUUGGCUGGAGCAUGGGUAUGAAGAUGUGAGGAUUAGUUAUCCUUGCGGAAGAAAGAGGCAUUUACAUUGUGUUAGACAUGAUGGCAAAGAGAUAAGGGGUCAGGAGACCAUAUUAAAGCCUCUGGCUGUACCUGCUUCUACGUUUUGGAGAUGGGCUGUAAUGAGAUUCUGGUCAGUCUGCCAAGCUGGGAACUGGCAUCUGUGUUCUCCGUUUAUGCUGCAGACUUUACAGAAAAGCCUGGGCUUUUCCAAACCAAAUAAAAUGGAAGCAACAAGACAGCCAAAUGUAAAGUUACUUGCCAGUGAGGAUUGGCAUAAUAUCCAACUAGACUCUCCUAGUCUAGAGUUGCCUGGUACACAUGCCUCUGGUACAACAUUAGAAAAAUCCUCUCUUCCAUCUCUAUGUGGCAAAAACCAAACCAGUGUUCUGGAGGCUGGUCCCAAAGAAGAGAGAGAGUCUAGUAUUCUGGUACCAGCUAAUCCGAUUGAUGUGUGUGAGCAGAUUUCCAGAAUGGUUUCUAAGUCUUUGGGGUCCUCACGAACAGAGUUUGACCAAAUCCUGGAGGAAAGUUUACUGACUGUGCUAGAAGGUGGUGAGAAUAGCAGUGCCCUUUAUUUAGUAGAUGAAUGCCAGUCUGAUGAGGAUAUAAACAUUCUCUGUGGAUACCUUGGUGGCUUGAUGCCCGCUCUCAUGGCAGAAUCAUGCCAGCUUGCUGAAGGAAACAGAUGGGUUCCAUUACAACUCACAGACAAAUUGGAGUCUUUCCCCAUGGAAUGGCCAAAUCUAGAUCUUGCAGAAAGAAUGCCCCUACAAAUCGAUUUGGGAUUUGGGACAUUCCCAGGUAUUGAGUGCUACGGCAUUGGGAAUCACUUGGGGCAAAUUAUAAUAAAUCCUGAAAGCGCUGAAAAUGAGGAUCAAGAGAAAGGUCUCAUGGAAGCAGAAGACUACAGUGAGGAGGAUUUCGCCAGACAAGAUAAAUGCAGCGGGGCAGCUACUAGUGGAGGAGAGAACGACGGAGACGAAUUAGACCAAGACUGGAAGCCUCCUGAUGCCGAGCUGAUACAGAAACUUAUUAUGCAAAUUGAGUAUUACCUUUCUGAUGAAAACCUAGAGAAAGAUGCCUUCCUUCUAAAACACGUGAGAAGAAACAAAAUGGGAUUUGUCAGUGUUAAACUACUCACCUCCUUUAAAAAGGUUAAACACCUCACUCGAGACUGGAGAACCACUGCAUACGCACUGAGAUAUUCCAACCUACUUGAACUGAAUGAAGACAACAGAAAAAUUAGACGAAAGACCCCAGUUCCUGUUUUUCCAAGUGAGAACCUACCUAGUAAGAUGCUUCUCGUUUAUGAUCUACACUUCAUCCCGGAGCUGAACUGUUUAGGCAAAGAGCAGGAGAAUGGAGGCAUGCAAGAAAAGAUCAUGGAACACCUUUUGAAGAGCUUUGGGGCUUUUGGGGUUAUUUCCUCCAUUCGUAUCCUAAAACCAGGCAGGGAUCUUCCAUCUGAUGUGAAGCGGUUUAGUAGUAGAUAUUCCCAGGUUGGAACGAAAGACUGUGCAAUUGUAGAAUUUGAAGAGGUGGAGGCUGCUAUCAAGGCACACGACACUUUUAAUGUAGAAAGUGAUACAGAGGAUGGCCUUAAAGUUGUUUUGAUUGGUAUGAAGCCUCCAAAAAAGAAAAUACAAAAAGACAAGAGCAAAGAGGAAGACUCAAAGAAUGUGCGCAAAAACAAGUCUCUCAAUAAGCGAGUAGAGGAACUACAGUACAUUGGGGAUGAGUCCACAGUAUAUAGUUCUUCAGAACCUGAAAGCAAUCCCACGUCACCUAUGGUAGGUCGCAAAAUCCAGUCCACCAAUAAGCUAAGCCCAUCUGCUUACCCAAACAAUCAUCUGAGCCCCAAUGCAUCUCCUAGAAAUAGCCCCUGGAGUAGCCCUUGUGGACAACGCAAAGGCGUAAAACACUCCCCGUUUGCAGACAGUAUGAGCCCAGAGAUUUCUCGUAAAGAGUAUUCUUCUGAUAGCAGUAUCACUCCAUCUAGUAGCCCCUGGGUUCAGAGAAGAAGACAAGCUCAGACUGUCAAACAAGAGAAAAGCCCAGCUGCCAGCCCAAUGUUAGGACGGAAAAUACAAAACGCAGAUGGAUUGCCACCUGGUGUUCUGAGGCUUCCAAGAGGUCCUGAUGGUACAAAGGGUUUCCACAAUGGAGGUGAAAAAAAUAAGCCCGUUCAGUGUUUAUGAAUGCUAUGCACCAUUAUGGAACUGGCUGUAACAGCCCCAUCUAUACUGCCGAGACCUGUCAUGCAAGAGAAUGCCUCAGGACCCUCCAUAAGUCCAGGGCUGCACAUUGCUGCUUCUGCCUGAAAAGAAAAUUGAUUUAAAUAGACUGAAAUAAAGUCUGUACUUAUUUAUUUUUUUUAUUUGACCUGUAAAAUUUGUUGUAUAUUUUGCAAAAACCUAAGCUGAAAUCUUUUAUUUUUCUUUUAGUUUGUUCUAAACAUUUUAUCAGGCAUCUGAAGUUAGAGCUAAGUCCAAAUGUAUCUAAGAUGUUAUUCCAGAAAAAAGGAACGUGUUGCAUUAUAUUCCACCAUCCAAUGGCAAUAUACAUAAUAGUAGCUUCCUGUAGCGCCCAGAAACGUGACAAAACGGUAGGACCCAUGCAAUCUUGUACGACACUGCUGUGCAUCACAAAUGUAAAUGUUCUCUCAUGUCAAUUAAAAUGAAAUGUCCUAAGCAUCAAAAAGGUAACAUGACCUCAUCUUUAUUUAUUAGAAGAGCCUGAGAGACUAGAAACUGGUUUCAAGAGUCAGUCUAGAAACUGGUUCCCAUGAACAAGAGA